AUGACGCCAAAGGGAUCGCGCAAGAGAGUGAAGCCCAGCCCCUCCGGCGCGGACUCACCGUCCCCCGCGGCACCGAAAAAUGCUGUCCGAGACCGUUCAGACUCUCAGGCCUCAGGACGUGCGAGUUGGUAUCCAGGGUCCUGGUCGACCGUCUCACGAACCUCCAAGGCAGCUCCAGUUACCGAGGUUGCCCGUGAGAGCAUAUCAGUCGCGCAGAACGUAGCGUCCGGCAUCGUAGAAUCCACAACCUCCCUUCUCGAAAACCCCAGACACGCUCGACAUCCUUCUUUCCAUCUGACCAAAAAGGCGGGAAACUCGACCAGAUCUUUACCUGCUGAUGUGACUACAACCCGACUAAACAUUGCGUCUGACGGUACAGCAUCUACAACUGCCUUGGAUAACAUCGAUACAUCUACACCCUCCGGGGCAUCUACACCAAAUAAAGAAGCGCCCGGUGAAGGAUCUGGGAAACCGAUAGAGAAAGCGACAUCCGACCAACAGCACGAUAUUACCACUCAAACUGAGCCUCCCAGACCACCUCCACCGAGCAGCCUAACGGAUGGUUAUCGUGGAUAUAUAGACCUAUUCCGACUGAAAGAGGCACAGCUAGGGGGGCCCGAACCCGCAGAUACAACGCAAGAACAGCCCGAUAAAGCUGGUCCGGACCCGGCUACGCAAGAUACGAACGAAUCGGGGGAACAACAGGAGCCGGAGCCGGAGCACGCACCAGACCAGUCGAUCAAUACACCACAGGCCAGUCCAAACGCUCAUAAAAGGUCUUGGCUGCAGAUGUGGUACGGAUCGGCGCCCUCAACUAGGUCAGCGGAGCCGCCAACAGCAGAACUAGCUCAACAAACCGACGCGCACCCCGCAAAUCCAGCGAACGAAGACGUUGAUAUGGCGCCCAAGGAACCCCCGGAAGACCCAGCUGAGGCAAAUGAACAGCCACAGCCGCCUGCUGGAGCCACGAAACCAUCGGGAUGGUCGUUCUGGUCCAAAGAACCCUCUAAAGGGGUAGCACCGUCAAAGCCGCAAGAGGUCGAGGCUGUUGAAGCAACACUGGACCAGAAUUCAUCGCCACGACCGACAUCUCUCGAACCAAGCCCAGAAACUCAUGUCAAUAUCACUAAAAAGGGAAGCCUGAAAGUGAAACUGGCCAAGGAUGGACAAGUGAAAGAUGGUGCCGUGCCUAUCGUUGAAACCACAUCUGCAAAUACCACAGCACCCACCGAGCCCCAACCAGCAGAUACUUCUGCUUCGAAACAAUUGCAGAAAAUCCUGCCAAACCAGGACGAAUCUUGCAUUACAGCAAAGGGCCAGAGCACAGACAUGUUGCUCGUGUCAAGGAACCCCCCUCGCAUCAAACGUGCUCUAGCCAUUGGUGUCCAUGGCUAUUUCCCUGCCCCGGUGAUUCGAAGUGUACUCGGUCAACCCACUGGAACAUCCAUUCGCUUUUCCAACAUGGCGGCCGAGGCCAUAACCAAAUGGACGGCGGACCAUGGCUACUCUUGCGAAGUGGAAAAGAUCUCCCUGGAAGGCGAGGGGCGCAUUUCUGAUCGAGUGGACUUAUUGUGGAAGCUUCUUUUGAACUGGAUGGAAGAAAUCCGCAAAGCCGAUUUCAUCCUCGUGGCCUGUCACAGUCAAGGGGUGCCGGUUUCUAUUAUGCUUAUUGCCAAACUCAUAUCUUUUGGCUGCCUCGAUGCCAGUCGGGUCGGCAUCUGUGCUAUGGCCGGUGUUAAUAUGGGCCCAUUCUCCUCCUAUCGAUCUCGAUGGAUCAGUGGAUCCGCUGGUGAGCUUUUCGAAUUUGAGCUCCCAUCUAGUAAAGUCUCCAAGGACUACGAAGCCGCCCUGCAAUGUGCUCUUGAUUUCGGCGUCCGCAUAUCUUAUGUUGGAAGUAUAGAUGACCAGCUUGUUUCUCUAGAGUCCUCCUUAUUUUCCCCUAUUGCUCAUCCAUACAUCUACCGUUCCGUCUUUGUAGACGGCCGGGUUCAUGCCCCAAGCUUUUUGUCACAUCUUGUCGGCUUCGCUCUCAAGCUCCGGAACCUCGGCAUUCCAGACCAUGGUCUCAUCCGUGAACUCAGUGGCCCUCUUGCUGGCAGCCUUUACACCGGCGAUGGUCAUUCUCGAUUGUACGACGAUGAAGCCGUCUACUACAUGGCAAUUCAAUUUGCUCUCGAAACAUCCAGCGUCCCAGAUGCAACAAUGAACAUUAAACGAUCUAGUCCCUUGGCUUCUGCAAACCCGUACAUCCUCCCAUUCGCCAUGCGGGGUCUUCUCGAGGAGGAGCAUGUACGACGCCAAUUACACGACGAAACAAUGGAGCUUCUCCGCCAAUUCGAUGACUGGAAACCAACCAGUAAGGUUUUGAAGGAUGUCAAGUUCCGACUUGAGGGUAUUAGGUCGAAGCUGUAG